AUGGUGGUAUCUCCUCCGUUUCCCGAUUCAACGGCGAGCAAAAAUCAGCGGUGCUGCGGUGUUGGUAUCUCCUCUGUUUCGCGACUCUGCGGGGAUCUGAAAGCUGCGCUGCUGCGGUGGUAUCUCCUCCGUCUUGCGACUCAACGACAACGACGAUUAAUGCGGAAGUCAGAACACAACGCGGCGACAGGCGGGUACUACGAUUGA